CUUCUUGGGUUGUGAAAGAAGGAAGCCCUGGAAGUAUACGUCAAAGAGCUCUGUACACCUCACAAGAAAGUCUUUCAGAUAUUGCCGUAAAGAAAACGCAUAAGAGUCUGGCAAAACAAACCACUGAAAAUUUGGAAACUGUAGAGCACAAAAACAUUCCAGUUGAUGUGCAGCAAAGACCCACAAACAUUUUAAGAGAGAAAAAUAGAAAUCCAAUCGACGAAAUAACCUCGGAAAGAAAAACUGUUUAUGACAUGGAAGAAAAAGUUAUCGGUAAAAGAAGUCCCAAUUUCACUGUGGAGAAUAAAUUUACUCAUGUAGAAAGCAACACUCAAGAUACUGAAUACCAAACUACACAUGCAAUAGAGGAAAUUCAUGAAGGUUUUACCAAAGCUGCAGAAGAUAAUAAUUGCAAUGCCUCGGAAGAACAGGCAAGCAACACCAUUAGAGCAAAAUACUCUGAACCCAUUGAACGGAGGGCUCUAGAUCCCCUUGAAGAUGCCGUAGAAAACACAACUGACACGUCCACGGAAGGAAACUCCAAUGCUGUUGAAGGAAAACGAGAAAAAACUCAUCAAUCCGAGGCAGAUCGAUGUAAACAGAUUAUGGAAAAUAUUGACGCUGAUGUUACAGAAGGAGAAAACACGACCACAGAGGAAGAAAGCAAUGUUAGCAGUGAGGAGACCAACGCUCGAUCGUCAAAGAGGAGGAUGAAACAGGCGCUCUUCAGUGUGACUCAGCCGAAACGAGGGAAAGAUGAAGGCGUUAUCGAUCAGGGAGAAUUUCCUUGGAUCCGACGGUUAAGGAGACAGGAGAAAUUUGAGUGGGAGUCCGAGGAAGCAUCAAGACCGGGGGAAAAAGGCAAGAAAUUAAGAGUUUGUGGCGUGAGGAGAACGCGAGAAAACGUUAAAUUACGAGAGAAAAGAACAACGAAACAGGAGCUUGAUAAAAUAAAGGAAGUGAAACGCAUGGAAGAGGAGAAGAAGAAAAUCAGAAACAAAAAUAAACGGAGAGAAAAAUCAACAGAGGAGGGAAGUGAGGAGGAAACGGAGGGAAAAAUUAAACAUCAAGCCUUAAGAAAAGAGAAUGGAAGGAAAGGAAAACAGCAGGAAAAGAACCAGGAAAAGGAAGGCGCAAUAAAAACAGAGAAAAUUGAAAGAACGCAAAAUGAAAAUAUAAUGAAAGAAGUUGAGGGAGGAGGAAAACAUGGAGGAGAAAUGGAGCGGAACGAGGAAGAUACUCCGGAAGAAACAGCGGAAAGUAGAAGGAGGGAGAGAAAGGGGAGAAAGAAGGAGGGAAAUGAGAGAGAGAAAGCAGAUGAGAAUGAGCGGAAGAACCAGAAGGAACGGAACAGAAUGGGAGAGAAGAGAAAAUCAUCACAAAAAGGGAAAAUUCAUGAACCCAAGAAGAGGAAAGCAGAGGAGAGCAAGUCUGGGCCGAGCCGGAAGGAGCUGGAAAAAGGGAAGGAGGAGGCGGAAACGGAAAACCAGAAGUGCGUCCGUGAGGGAGAAAACACCAGAGAAACACAAGGAUGCAUUUUGUUCAAGGGAGGCAACUUCUUAAACGUCAACAAGGGCCCGGAGAACAUCCUUUUCAGUUGGCGUUUAAAGAGCACUGAGACAAAAAAGCUAACACUCACUAACUUCAUCAAAUGCGGCAAACUUACAAGAGUCAUCCCCGACCCUCUUGGUUCUGUGCGGCACUCGGUAUACACAAUGGAGUGCCGAGUUCAUCCCGGUGAGGAGCGGGUUACAAGUAUUGAGUGUGGAUGGACUGAACCCACAGAAGCCUCGUCUCAAGGAAUGCAUGAGGGACGGGUUAUGGCUUGCACUGAUAGGAAUAUAGAGAAAGAGAAUUUACGGAAGGCAAACACAUCAGUGGUAAGGAGAGGGUUGGUGAGCGAAUCAAGAGAAGACCGGAUUACUAAGGAAAACAGGAACAGACGCACAGAAGAGGGUACAGUAGGAAAUGAGAAGGGAUUUAAAAUAGGGAAUGGGAGAAAGAGAAAUACGAGCUCUUCCUCAGAUGCGGAGAUGAGUCUAUGUUCUUCAAGGGGACUGGAGAACAGGAAAAGGCCCCAGCAACUCAUAGGAAAUAGGAGACAUACCAGCUCUUCCUCAGAUGCAGAGAUGAGUCUAUGUUCUUCAAGGGGACUGGAGAACAGGAAAAGGCCCCAGCAACUCAUAGGAAAUAGGAGACAUACCAGCUCUUCCUCAGAUGCGGAGAUGAGUCUAUGUUCUUCAAGGGGACUGGAGAACAGGAGAAGGCCCCAGCAACUCAUAGGAAAUAGGAGACAUACCAGCUCUUCCUCAGAUGCGGAGAUGAGUUUGCGUUCUUCAAGGGGACUGGAGAACAGGAAAAGGCCCCAGCAACUCAUAGGAAAUAGGAGACAUACCAGCUCUUCCUCAGAUGCGGAGAUGAGUCUAUGUUCUUCAAGGGGACUGGAGAACAGGAGAAGGCCCCAGCAACUCAUAGGAAAUAGGAGACAUACCAGCUCUUCCUCAGAUGUGGAGAUGAGUCUAUGUUCUUCAAGGGGACUGGAGAACAGGAAAAUGCCUCAACAACUCACUACCCAACCAAGAAAUUCAGCAGUCACUCACUCCAGCCGUGAACCGAGCAAUACCAGUGGCGUUCGACAGCUCAAGACCAAAGCCUCUAAACUUAAGUUGUUCGGGUUAGACAGCAGCAACAGCUCGGAGAUGGACGAAGAGAAAAUGGUUGUAAAUAAGAGCAGAAAAUCUAAGGAAAGAAAGCAUCGCAAGGUGGAAAAUUUAGGCCAUAACAGGGGUGUGCAUUGCAGGCCGAAUCUACCAUUGUGUUCUUCUGUAAGUGAAAUGAAAUCCAGAGAACAGGUACAAGGUAGUCGAACCGGAGAGCUUCCCACGAGUAGAGUGCGUUCUCAUGCCUCCUCGCUGGUGAAAAACAAGUUUGGAGAGAAGAGUACACCAGAAAAAACGCCUCCUGAACGAUCUUGCGGGAGUCAGGAAAACGAUUCAGACUCGUCCUCAGACAUUCCCCGACAUCCUUUCGCCAGAAGGUGCAAAGCGUUAUUGAUAGCGAGUGACAGUGACGACCAGGUUGACAACUCCAGGAUUUUUCAGCGGAAGAGAAGGAGGAAGAGAAAGGCGAGGCUGAGCGAUAGAACUGUGAAUGAAGGCAGUGACUCAAGUAGCAACAGUGACCACUCCUCGUUAGGGAAGAAGAGACACCUAGCUCAUCGCAUCACCGUCAAGCCUUGUAGUCCCCAUGCCAGGACUCAGACGGAUAUGCAGAGGAAGGUAAACAAGAAAGAAGUAAUUCCUCAGAUCGACCACAGACCAGUUGCAACUAAGAAAACACUAUUAUCAUCCCAAAGCUUCACUCCCAACUCACUUCCAAGUACCGAAGGGAGAGCCAGAACACUUCAGGAAGAUCGCCCUGCUGAGGAGACCCCUAGCACUCCCUCCAACACCAUUAAGAGGAAGCGUAGCGUGUUGCUGUUUGAGACUCCACCACGGCCUCUCAGGAAACAGAAGAGAAAUAGUCCGUUCAGCCAGGCUUCCAUGGAACACAAGGCGGACUCCAGUGAUGUACGCAAUGCCACAUAUGACCCUGAUGGAGUGGAGGAUCAGGAGGAAGAUUCUCUAAUGUUGCCAAAUGUGGAAAAUGAUUCAGCCAUGCUGCCGGAGAAGGGGAAAGAUACACAACCCAGGAGUGAAAGUGUGACUCGUGGGUUGUCAAAUAGUAGCGACCAGGGUGAAAAUGGUUCCCUGGUGCAAUCUGAGAGUGACGCAGAGAAUGGCUUGGUUAUAGAAGAGAGCCAUGACAUCAACUGCACUGAAUCUAAUCUGAGCAGCCCAAGUACUCCUGUUGCUUCUGUUAAAACUCAAGAACUUGGACAGCGAGUUCCACGCCUGGGACCUGUUGUGUUGAUCGACCGCCCAAAACUUAAACCAAAACCUGCUCCACUCCCUGCGCCAGCCCCAAAGUUCACGGCUCGCGCUGGCCCAGAAUACAUCGACAAGCUUUUUUCGAAGUUAAAUCAGCAGACUGGAGUAUGUUCAGAAGCGAAUCAAAGUGGUAAGAAAAGUCCCCUUGAGCCUCCACAAGACAGCCGUUCGAAACAGCCUCAAAGAAAUGCCAAUGCACAUACAGAAAGAACCAGCAGCGUGCCCCACCUUACCCAGCCUUUAAGAGGGGCAAACUACCAGGGUCAAAGUCCAAAUUUUCUCCCAAAUUUUUACGGCACAUUAGGCCCUGGUGCAGCCAAAGACUCCUCAGCACCACCAAGACACGGCCCAAACUUCACUCUUGCACAAACUCAACCAAGCAUAUCUCUCUUGCCCCAACCCUCAUCGAGUCAUAUUUCCUCCACAAGCGAGCAAGCCAAGGCCAAUCUGACCUCCCACACACCUGGCUGUAUGCGUCUCACCCAUGACCAGCCUCAGCUCACAUCCACCCAACCUUGUUCCAUGCCUUUAAAGCCCGGCCCUGCUCCUGGUCAGCCCCACUCAACACCCGGCCACCCUCGCACUAUGUCCGGCCAGCCUCACUCAACACCUGGCCACCACCCCAUACCUGGUGAGCCAUCUGAGUCUCUGGUACAAGUGUCUCAUCCUCACCAAGUACCAUGGCUGCCCAGUAUCACUAUGCGUCACGGCAAAAGACUCGCCCCUAUUCCAAUGGAACAAAUGAAGGAGACACUGGAGGAGGUAGUGGCCACCAAAAUACAGAGCAGGUGGUGGAAGGCUGGGCUGAACAAGAUCUGCGUCUCCCUCACCGAUGCCUCCCUUCCCUUCUUCCUUAGAAUGGUGCUUGAGACCAUUUUACGCUCAGACCCGCUGGAGACUCUACAACAUUACAACGGUUUGCCCCCAAGACUGUUCCGGCUGUUCCAGGUGGUGUGUGUGGUGGAGCAGCGACUGGCGCCCCAACACCCAAAUGGCCUACGCAGGGCUUUGCUACGAGCUAUUCAGGCUAUUGUGACCCAGCCAGAUAGUAGAAUCAGGCCACACAGCCUGGCCUGCCUCGCUGCCUGGUACAUAGCCUCAAGUUCCAUCGACGGUCAUCCCGAGGCCGGCCAAGAAUGGGGGAGGGGUAGAGCUUUCCUCGUGGAUCUUCUCUUCCACCAUCCUGGCACGGUCCACUUGUCUAUCCUAACAGCAGCCCGGACUUGCCGCAGUGUCUUUCUCAAGCAUGUUAAAUACAGAGAACUGUCAGGGGUGGAACAAGUGCUGAUAUGGUUGGCACACUAUGGGGCAUGGGUGGGCCAGCCUAAGGUGCGCUCAGAUCUCACCGAGUGGCUAGCCCAGCACCUCGACAGCAAGAAGCCUCCACAGAACCCAGCGACUGUUACCAAGAAAUUGAUCACCAUGCUAGAUCCAGAGAUGAACAAGGACAUACAAUGGGGGGCAGUUGUUGGGCUUGUUGUGUUGGCGAGAUGGCAAGGCCGACUUUGGGCACAGAAGCACCUACUCCCUGCCCUCUCAGCUGCUGCCACAAAGAUUACAACCAUUGUCAAAGGGGACUUGAUACAGCAGGAAGAUCUGAAGAACAAGAUUUCUCACCUCUUUGAUAACCUUGGUCAAGCUCUGCCGUGUGGGCCAAUGGAGAGUCAGACAGGUGAUGUUGUGAAGGAGAUGGAGGGGGCCGUCAACACCUUACUUGGCUGCCACCAGUGAUCGUUGCACAAGACUGUCACCUCGCCCCCACAUCAGUGACAUCACAUUGCUGAGCCGGUCACUCGUCUCAUUCCCGGUGACCUCAGCACAAGUGUGUUAAUUUUAAGUUUUUAAUUGUGCUUUUC